UCCCAUCUCCGGUUUGGGGGGUGAUUUCUGAUCUGCAUUGUGACUGCAGAGCAACUGGCCAUGCACCCUGGGUUCCCUGCGGCCCCUGGGGUCUCUGAGCCAGGGCCCCGAGAGCUGUGCGCCUUUGUGAGCGGGGCUUCGGCCCAUAUGCUGCGGGCCCUGCAGCCAAGGCGUACCAGGCCCCCCAAGCGCAGGCCCAAUCACCGGAGGUUUCUACACAACCAGAUCUGCAGGCAGUUUGCCAAGAUUGAAGCUGCCACCCAACACCUGGCCCUGUCCAUCCUAUCCCAAAAAGCACCUCCCCGGAGACCACCACCCCGAAGGCCACCUCCACCGCCUCCAUCCCCCUUCCUGGGGGUGGCCUGUGCUGAGGCCCCUGUGGAAGUGCCCCACAACGAAGGUCCCACCCUGAGCCUGGCUGCGCUGGACACCUCAACCCUUGACCUCUUUGAUGACAUUCUGCCUGCUCCUCCGUGUCCUUUGGUGGAUCCUGAUCACUUCUGCCAGACUCUCUCUGGUGCUACUCCUCAGGAGGCACCUGAGUUCAUCUCUUAUGCCUCAGGCCCAGGAGACCAGAGACAGCCAAGCACAACGCAGCCUCCAAGGUUCUCCGAUCCCCUGCCUCCUCCCCAGAAUACCCAUGGGGGAAGCCUGGAGCCUGCAGCUCUGGGCUGGGGUUGGGUGGAUAGUUGGGAGGCACCUUGUGAUUGGGAUCCUCAGGGAAUCCUGGAUGGCUGGGGAACCCUUUGAAACCUAUUCAUGACACAGGCCAAACCCAUUUCAAGCCUGACCAAACUCUCCCCUCUUGACAAACCCGUUGGUAGAGUGCUUGCCUAACACAUGCAAGAAAACUUGGGUUCCAGCACCAGAACCCGUAAACCUGUGAAAUAAUCCAAUCCCAGACUCCCCACGGUGUACCACAGCCCAGAGUUCUGCUCCAAGACCCAGGGCCACCUCUGGCCACUUUGAGGACCCCUUGCAGUCCCUGC